AUGGCGCAGCAGCGACUUCAAACGCUGCAAGACUGGAGCAAUAAGCAUGUUUUCACUGCUUCUAUGGAUUAUUGGAAUCAGGAUCCGCCGGAAGAGGAGUCCUAUGAAGCGAGCAGGAGAACAAUACAGCGACAGCCGAAUUACGGAACUGUUGAAGAAGGUCCCGAGGGUGAAUCUAGCCCUCCACCUGAAGUUGAUGAAGUAGUUGAAGAAGAUCCACAUGCUAGCCGAGAGCCCAUAACUGCCCUACAAGCUGCUUGGAAUGUAACCAAUGCCAUACAGGGCAUGUUUAUCGUUGGGUUACCCAUUGCAGUUAAGGUCGGUGGUUGGUGUUCGGUCGGUGCAAUGAUGGGCGUGGCUUACAUCUGCUACUGGACAGGAGUUCUACUCAUCGAAUGUUUGUAUGAAAAAGAUAAGAAAGUCCGAUUCAGCUAUAGAGAGGUCGCUGAAUUUUAUCGUCCCGGUUUUGGAAAAUGGGUUCUGACGGCACAACUCACUGAACUACUCUCUACAUGCAUUAUUUAUUUAGUACUUGCUGCUGAUCUGUUACAAAGUUGUUUCCCCAGCAUAGACAAACCCGCCUGGAUGAUGAUUGUCUCAGCGGUUCUGCUUGCUUGUGCUUUUCUCGAUUCCCUUGUCAUGGUUUCUCAACUUUCGUUUGCAAAUGCCAUCUCUCAUUUGGCAGUAAAUGCUAUAAUGAUGAUUUACUGUGUUUCUAAGAUACGCUCCUGGUCAUUCUCAUCGGUUCCUUUCGGCUUGGAUAUAUACACCCUUCCAACGAUGAUCGGGGUUGUAGUGUUCGGUUACACAUCCCAUAUUUUCUUACCAAGCCUAGAAGGGAACAUGAAGGAGCCGAAGGAGUUCAAAUGGAUGCUAAAAUGGUCUCAUAUAGCAGCUGCUUUAUUCAAAGCAAUAUUUGGGCUCUGUGGAUUCCUCACUUUUGGAGAACUUACACAACCAGAAAUCUCCAACUCCUUACCAAAUCAAGGUUUUAAAGUGGUAGUGAACUUAGUUCUCGUCAUCAAAGCUCUUCUCUCUUACCCUCUUCCUUUCUACGCAGCUGUCCAACUGCUGAAGGAUAAUCUCUUCAGAGGAACCAAAACCACAGCAUUUACAGGCUGCUACAGUCCCGAUGGGUCACUGCGAGAAUGGGCAUUGUUUUUAAGGAUACUUCUACUACUAUUUACACUAUUUAUAGCACUCUCAGUACCGUACCUUAUCGAGCUGAUGGGAUUGAUCGGCAAUAUCACAGGCACCAUGCUUUCCUUUAUCUGGCCAGCUUUAUUUCAUCUACACAUCAAAGGCGACAAAAUGGUGGAUCGUGAUCGUCGAUUCGACCAGUUUAUUAUUGGAUUGGGAUGCUCGGUGUGCAUCUCUGGCAUUUACUUCUCGUUCAUGGAACUUUUGCGAGCGAUUCGUGCUGGAGAGCAAUAG